AUGCCGGUGUUUCAUACGCGCACGAUUGAGAGCAUUCUGGAGCCGGUGGCGCAGCAGAUCUCGCACCUGGUGAUCAUGCACGAGGAAGGCGAAGUGGACGGCAAAGCCAUCCCUGACCUCACUGCGCCUGUGGCCGCCGUGCAGGCGGCCGUCAGUAACCUCGUUCGGGUUGGGAAAGAGACCGUUCAGACCACCGAGGAUCAGAUUUUGAAGAGAGAUAUGCCACCAGCAUUUAUUAAGGUGGAGAAUGCUUGCACCAAGCUUGUCCAGGCAGCCCAGAUGCUUCAGUCAGACCCUUACUCAGUGCCUGCUCGAGAUUAUCUAAUUGAUGGAUCAAGGGGCAUCCUCUCCGGCACAUCAGACCUGCUCCUCACCUUCGACGAGGCUGAGGUUCGUAAAAUUAUUAGAGUUUGCAAAGGAAUUUUGGAAUAUCUUACAGUGGCAGAGGUGGUGGAAACUAUGGAAGAUUUGGUCACUUACACAAAGAAUCUUGGACCAGGAAUGACUAAGAUGGCCAAGAUGAUUGAUGAGAGGCAGCAGGAACUGACUCAUCAGGAGCACCGAGUGAUGCUGGUGAACUCAAUGAACACCGUGAAGGAGUUGCUGCCAGUUCUCAUUUCAGCUAUGAAGAUUUUUGUAACAACUAAAAACUCAAAAAACCAAGGAAUUGAAGAAGCUUUGAAAAAUCGUAAUUUUACUGUAGAAAAGAUGAGCGCUGAAAUUAAUGAGAUCAUUCGUGUAUUACAACUCACUUCUUGGGACGAAGAUGCCUGGGCCAGCAAGGACACUGAAGCCAUGAAGAGAGCAUUGGCCUCCAUAGACUCCAAACUGAACCAGGCUAAAGGUUGGCUCCGUGACCCCAGUGCCUCCCCAGGUGAUGCUGGUGAACAGGCCAUCAGGCAGAUCUUAGAUGAAGCUGGAAAAGUUGGUGAACUCUGUGCAGGCAAAGAACGCAGGGAGAUCCUGGGAACCUGCAAAAUGCUAGGGCAGAUGACUGAUCAAGUGGCUGACCUCCGAGCCAGAGGGCAAGGAGCCUCACCGGUGGCCAUGCAGAAAGCCCAGCAGGUGUCUCAGGGUCUGGAUGUGCUCACAGCAAAAGUGGAAAAUGCAGCCCGCAAGCUGGAAGCCAUGACCAACUCAAAGCAGAGCAUUGCGAAGAAGAUCGAUGCUGCUCAGAAUUGGCUUGCAGAUCCAAAUGGUGGACCAGAAGGAGAAGAACAGAUUCGAGGGGCUUUGGCUGAAGCUCGGAAAAUAGCAGAAUUAUGUGAUGAUCCUAAAGAGAGAGAUGACAUUCUACGUUCUCUUGGAGAAAUAUCUGCUCUGACUUCUAAAUUAGCAGAUCUACGAAGACAGGGAAAAGGAGAUUCCCCAGAGGCCCGAGCAUUGGCCAAACAGGUGGCCACGGCCCUACAGAACUUGCAGACCAAAACCAACAAGGCUGUGGCCAACAGCAGACCUGCCAAAGCAGCUGUCCACCUUGAGGGCAAGAUUGAGCAGGCACAGCGGUGGAUUGAUAAUCCCACAGUGGAUGACCGGGGAGUUGGUCAGGCUGCCAUCCGAGGGCUUGUGGCCGAAGGUCAUCGUCUGGCAAAUGUCAUGAUGGGGCCUUAUCGCCAAGAUCUUCUUGCAAAGUGUGACCGAGUGGACCAGCUGACGGCCCAGCUGGCUGACCUGGCUGCCAGAGGGGAAGGGGAGAGUCCUCAGGCGAGAGCCCUUGCAUCUCAGCUCCAAGACUCUUUAAAGGAUCUGAAAGCCCGGAUGCAGGAGGCCAUGACUCAGGAGGUGUCAGAUGUUUUCAGUGAUACUACAACUCCCAUCAAGCUGUUGGCAGUGGCAGCCACUGCCCCUCCUGAUGCACCCAAUAGGGAAGAGGUAUUUGACGAGAGGGCAGCUAACUUUGAAAACCAUUCAGGAAGGCUUGGGGCCACGGCAGAGAAGGCGGCUGCUGUUGGAACUGCUAAUAAAUCAACGGUGGAAGGCAUUCAGGCCUCAGUGAAGACAGCCCGAGAACUCACACCCCAGGUCAUCUCAGCGGCUCGCAUCUUACUUAGGAAUCCCGGAAAUCAAGCUGCUUAUGAACAUUUUGAGACCAUGAAGAACCAGUGGAUCGAUAAUGUUGAAAAAAUGACAGGGCUGGUGGACGAAGCCAUUGACACCAAAUCUCUGUUGGAUGCUUCCGAAGAAGCAAUUAAAAAAGACCUGGACAAGUGUAAAGUCGCCAUGGCCAAUAUUCAGCCUCAGAUGCUGGUCGCUGGGGCAACCAGCAUUGCUCGUCGGGCCAACCGGAUCCUGCUGGUUGCUAAGAGGGAGGUGGAGAACUCUGAGGAUCCCAAGUUCCGAGAGGCCGUGAAAGCUGCCUCUGACGAAUUGAGCAAAACCAUCUCCCCAAUGGUGGUGGAUGCAAAGGCUGUGGCAGGAAACAUUUCUGACCCUGGCCUGCAAAAGAGCUUCCUGGACUCAGGAUACCGGAUCCUGGGAGCAGUGGCCAAGGUCAGAGAAGCCUUCCAACCUCAGGAGCCUGACUUCCCGCCUCCUCCGCCAGACCUUGAACAGCUCCGACUGACAGAUGAGCUUGCUCCUCCCAAACCACCUCUGCCUGAGGGUGAGGUCCCUCCUCCCAGGCCCCCACCACCAGAGGAGAAGGAUGAAGAGUUCCCUGAGCAGAAAGCUGGGGAGGUGAUUAACCAGCCAAUGAUGAUGGCUGCCAGGCAGCUCCAUGAUGAAGCUCGCAAAUGGUCCAGCAAGCCGGGUAACCCAGCCGCUGAGGUGGGUGUAAGUGCUGUAGCUGAGGCAGAUGCGGCUGCUGCUGUUGGGUCCCCUGUCCCCCCUGACAUGGAAGACGAUUACGAACCUGAGCUGCUGCUAGUGCCAUCCAGUCAGCCGGUCAACCAGCCCAUUCUGGCAGCGGCUCAGUCAUUGCAUCGGGAAGCUACCAAGUGGUCUAGUAAGGGCAAUGACAUCAUUGCAGCAGCCAAGCGCAUGGCUCUGCUGAUGGCUGAGAUGUCUCGGCUGGUCAGAGGGGGCAGCGGUACCAAGCGGGCACUGAUUCAGUGUGCCAAGGACAUAGCCAAGGCCUCAGAUGAGGUGACUCGGUUGGCCAAGGAGGUUGCCAAGCAGUGCACAGAUAAGCGGAUUAGAACCAACCUCUUACAGGUAUGCGAGCGAAUCCCAACCAUAAGCACCCAGCUCAAAAUCCUGUCCACGGUGAAGGCCACCAUGCUGGGCCGGACCAACAUAAGUGACGAGGAGUCUGAGCAGGCCACAGAGAUGCUGGUUCACAACGCCCAGAACCUCAUGCAGUCGGUGAAGGAGACUGUUCGAGAAGCAGAAGCAGCUUCAAUCAAAAUUCGAACAGAUGCUGGAUUUACACUGCGCUGGGUUAGAAAGACUCCCUGGUACCAGUAGACACCUGGUUGAACCUGGCUAACACAGAAGCCCCUGCUGAACAGAAUGAAAAUGAUCGGAGUCCCAGAAGCCACCCAAGAUUACUGGGGGGUUGAAAGCCACAUCUUGGCCUGACAUAACAGAAAGGAAUGGGGCCUCUUCACAUUAGAAAACAUUUAUACUCUUGUCAUGGACACUUUGAAAUGUGUCUCCGUAUAAAGCCUGUAUUCUUGAACACGGCUUUACUUGUGCACACUCUGUCCCAAUAGGCAGACGGGGUUUCUAGCCCAUGGACUUCACAUAAGCUCAGAAUCCAAGAGUGAACACUAGCCAGACAUCCUGUUCUGCCCUUGUUCCCUAAAGGACAGUUCCCUUUCUGCCCCUGUCCCCCAUUCUUUCCACCAGGCUCCCAAGACCCAGGGCCCAGGCAAGUCAGUUAAGGAAAUCACUGUGCCUCCAAAAUUUUUUUGGGCUCUCCAUGUUGCUGCUGACCCUGCCUGCCUUCCUUGGCUGUGCUACCUUGGUCCUUUUCAGGAGUGAGCUUUGCUGUUGCAGGGGAAGGUGGCCUCUGGGGAGCCCCAGCAUGUGGGGCCUGGAUUCACUUCCUGCCCUUCCCCAAUUUAAUCCUUCUAGUUUCCCACAGUACAAAACCAAAUUUCACUUUGUCAGGAGGAAAUCACCAAAUCAUGUGAUUCUGUCUUUACCUCACUCCAGAGCAAUGUCUGUGCUAGGGAAACUUUCCGUCCCAUAUCCUGCCUCGGCCUGCCAAGGUAGCCAUCCCAAGAACACACUGUGUGUCCUGGUGCUCUCUGCCACUGGAGAGGCAGAGUGGCCGGGGCGUGGCCCUGCCCAUCCUCCCAGCAGGGCCACUCCCAGGCACUCCACGCUUUGUCACUGCCUGCAGAGAUCUAUGCUGAGGCCUUAUCAUUCAUUCUUAGCUCUUAUUGUUCUUUCUGAGCUGAAAUGCUGCAUUUAAUUUUUAACCAAAUCAUGUCUCCUGUCCUGGCUUUUGUAUUCUUCCCACACCCUUCCUAAGCAAGGUUUUAAAGAUAUAUGUUUGUUCUAUAAUUUUGAAAGAUCGUUUUUAUCCUUUUGAAAUUCAGUCCUAAGAAUUGGUGCUUGUCCCCAGGAGUGUCUAAUGGAAAGGCAGUCCUGUCUGAAGGACACUUCCUACCUAAGGGAGGCGGUACUUGCAGACUGGAAUUCUGGCACUGCUGGGGAUGAAUCGAUGGGAAAUAGUCCUCAGUGAUUCCUACCUCCCUCAGCCAACAACAGCCAAGCCCCUUGCAUCCUACCCUCCCUCCUAAGUACAGUUGUUAAGAGAGUAAUGGGUAUAAUAUUUAAUUAUCACCAUAGUAAGUUUCCUAUUAGCUAAGUGAGAGAAGGCAAUUUUUCCUUUCUUGUACUUAUCACUGCUGUCUAAGCAUUCCCCAGCACAUGAAACUAUAUUUCUUCCCAAAGCCAGAACUGGAUGAGUAAAGGAGUAAGAACCCUUGCCUGAAUGUCCUCCCCACCUCCAGUGUGUGUUAGACCCUAACAUCAAAUGUGUAAAACUUGUCUUAAGUUGGUACUGUACACUCAGGCCUCCUCUGUUUCCUUUUAACUGAUGAUUAUUUUCAAGGCCCUCAGCAUCCUUGUAUAGUUGCUUACCUGAUAUAAAUGCAAUAUUAAUGCCUUUAAAGUAUGAAUCUAUGCCAAAGAUCACCUUUUGUUUUACUAAAGACUACUUAGAGGAAAUAAGAAAAAUCAUGUUUGCUCUCCAAGUUCCUCCAGUGUUUUGAGACACUGGUUUACACUUUAUACCAAUGUGCUUUUCUCUAAUAUCAGUGCUGAAGACACAGUGAAGCAAAUUAAAAAAAAAAAAAAAAUCCCUGAAUGCUGAUUAGACAUCACCACUAAAAAACUACAUUUAUAAGCUAGGAUUUGUUAUAUGCAAAUAUUUUCUGCCUCUUCUGUUUAAAACAAUAAAGUGCAUUUAUAUAAAUAAUGCUUUAAAUGAUGGGUGUUAUUUCAGCAAGAGCUUUUAUAUCAGGUUUCUCCUUUGUUUUGAAGCAUAGCCAGAGAAGCUAAUCCUCAAAAUGUGGGAACUAAAGAUUUUUAUUUAAUCCAAAUAUUGUACUGGAAGAAGUAGAAACCAGCGGUAAUAUAUUUACUUAACAAGAUCUUUGUAAUAAAGGACAACACUGGGGAUUAUAAACUAGAAGGAGCAGAAGUGACAAAAGGUUAGCAGUAAGAGGAAAGCAGCCAGAUGAUAUAGAUCAUCCCCUGGUUGAAGCAGUCCAUCUUAGAAGAUUCUGGCUGUAUGUGGAGGCCAUCACUAUCCCCUAAGCUAAAGCUAUUACAUGUGCAGGAAUAUUGCAGGUCUAUAGUUAAUAUUCUAAAGCCCAAUACAGAACAACAGGGUUGUCAGGGAUCCACCAGAGUUAUGAGGCAGAGCUAGCUUUUGGGCACAUAUUCCUCUUCUUGCUUGAGGAAGCUCUAAGAGUAGGAACAGGUUCUUGAAGCAGAGCUGGGACAUCAGUAUUUUUGCCUUAUUUUCCAGAUCUGAAAGUGGUAAAUAUCACUAAAGGGGGAUAGUACUGACUACUUAUCACUGCUUUAACUUAGAAAAGUUGCUGACUAGGGAGGCAGAUUCCAGCUGUCUGAGUUAAAGGGAACUGUCCAGAGGUACUGAAUUAGCUCAGCAAUAUCUGAAAACAGUAUUCAUGGUCUCAUUUUUUCUAUUCACCAUAUGUUCACUGGUGCUGCCUUCCUGCUGCAUUAUAGUUUUUCUCGAGUCAGAUGACUCUAAGGACACCAGGACCAGUAUUUUCCAAGGUUCUUCUAUAGCAGCACUUAAGGAAUGAACCCAUCACAUGAACUCCCUUUGAAUAAAAUGAUGGUGACUCCUUUAUGCAGAAAAUGAGCUUUUGGGUUAUACUCCUUUAAGAAUUUAGAAAAUGAGGCUAUUCUGGAAUUAUCUGGAAUUCUGUGCUUGAAAAAUAUUUCAAUACUACUAAGAAUUCAUGGAUCUUUGUUGUUAGUAGGUGGUGGUAGGGAGAGUAGCUUUGAUCACUUAUUGUUCAGUCUGUGGCUAAAAGGGUGAUGGUUAGAGAAAGUAUAUAAGGCUGAGGUCAAGAGAGGAGCACUUGGAAGUGCUCUGCAGCAACCCUCACACCUUGUGUGAUGAUGCAGAGUAAAAUGUGACCAUGUUCAGCCUGCCCUAACACUGAGGCAUGCCCAGCUGAGAAUGCUCAAUUAACAGUCAAGCUAAAAAAUCAACUUGUUGCUUUCAUCUUUUUAUUGACAGUGUAGCCAGAGCUAGAGAAAGGACUUACUGGAUUCAAUCAAAUUAAUAAAUACAAUAAUUUAAUUGUAAAAGGAAACAGUCUACUUGGAAGUUUCAGCAGAAAUUGCUAGAAGCAAGGGACUCUUGGCAUACAAUCUGCUUGUAUAUGAGAAGAUAGCACAGAAAGAAAAUUAGUCCAUAUAUGGAUGAUUGAGAUUAGGGAUUCUGCAGAAAGAGAAGUAAAUGUAUUGAUUGCUCUUUUGAGGUAUGAACUUUGAAGAGGAAGACAUUAAAAUGAAAAGCAAUUGAACUGGGUAUCCAAUCUUAGGCAAAGGGAAUAAAUAUUUGGCAACAUCUUAAUUUUAGCUGCCAAGCUGAUAUUGGUUACCCUAGAAAUUACUAAGUUGCAGAAAGUAACCUUUCCUAUUAGGUGAAAGGCAGGCUGGGUGCCCUAGGCAGGCAAAGGUAAGAAUGCUGCUGUACAGUGGGCUCCCUGUACCAGCACCAACCACUAGCCCUGACAGCAGAGUGGGAUGAGUGUAAGGGCUACGGUUAGCAUGACAACGGUAAGGGAUAAGUUGACAAUGAAAAGAAUGGAGUCACAAAGAGAAAGCUAAUAGCAAGAACAAGCACUUACAUCUUAACUUUCUCCAUUCUUCAUGUCUAAUGAAGCAAAAUAACUGGGCAAGGACUUCUAAGUCAAUCAAGUUAAAUGAUAACAACUGUGGACUGACUUGCCAACCAUGGAGAUCAAUACAGGUUUAUCAAUGCUACUGAGGAUUUUGUUUCUGCCUCAUUAUAGUGUACUUUCAUGUACUUUGUCAGUAGAGACAUUUAAGUACUCCAGUGACAGUUACAACAGUAGUUUCAGGAAGGAAUCUACUGACUUUUCAUAUUGUGAAAAGAUUAGGGAAUUGGGAAGCACAAAAUAUGAAAAGGGAGUUCCCCUGAAGACAAGGAGUGUAGGCAAGUUGAAACCCUUAAGAACAACAACA